AUGACGGUCGUGACACCCACAGACAUCAAAACCGACAAUAGUGCGAAUGGCACCGCCGCCUUUCUGGGAAGCAUCCGGGCGACUAAAGAUGGCAUCUUUUCUCUCCACAGUACCGGUAUUCAGUACCGCUUUCACGUUUCCGACGGCGAGCUGGUCCACGAUCACUUUGGCGCGCCAGCUCCUGCCCGUCACCAGCCUGUGGACCUCAGUGCCGAUCGCGAGGGAUGGGCCCUUAUGCUGGGCGACGUCUCCCGUGAAUGGCCCGACGCUGGGCGCGGUGACUUUCGUCUCCCGGCCAUUCACGUUCAACAUGCUGCCGGACAUUGUGUGAGCGCGUUCAAGUACGUCGGCCACGAGGUCGUCGCUGGAAAACCCGCUAUCCCUGGUCUUCCCUCUACGUGGGGGUCCGAUCACGAUGUCAGCACUCUUUUGAUUCACAUGGCCGAUACCGAGGCCGACCUCGUGGCACAGUUGCGCUACUCGAUCUUCCCUGCCACCAACGCCAUCACCCGCUCGUUUUCCAUCACGAAUAACAGCCAGCAGACGGUCCAGAUCCAACGCGCGGCAAGCUUCUCGAUCGACCUGCUCGGAACGCAGUGGGAGCUUGUCCAACUCACGGGCGAAUGGGGCCGCGAGAUGCGACAGAGCCGGCACCCCGUACAUCUUGGUGUCCAAGGUUCCACCGGGUACGCUGGCCACCACUUCAAUCCGUUUGUGGCCAUGGUAUCACCCGAGACGACAGAGCACCACGGCCCCGCCUACGGCUUCAGUUUGGUGUGGAGCGGCUCGUUUUCGUUUGAAGUGGAGCAGCAUUCAACAAACCGCGUCCGUGUUCUGGCGGGCCUGAACCCAUUGCACCUGUCAUACCCACUAGCACCUGGCGAGACGUUCCACAGCCCCGAGGGAGUCGCGGUGUAUUCGGCCAACGGACUUGGCGGCAUGUCUCGGCACUUGCACAGGCUGUACCGCGACCACCUGUGUCGGUCGCGUUGGGUACACGAACCCCGCCCGACUCUUAUGAACAUCUGGGAGGGCAUGUAUUUCGACUUUGAGGCCAAGGACGUUUACGCUCGUGCGCAGAGCGCCGCUGGGUUUGGAGUCAAGCUUCUUGUCAUGGACGACGGAUGGUUUGGCGUGCGCUAUCCGCGCGUCAAUGAAGACGCCGGUCUUGGCGACUGGGUACCAAACCCGGCACGCUUUCCCGAGGGUCUCCCCAAACUUAUCGCCGAUGUUACUGCCAUCGACGUCACGACUGAGAGCAACCCCACAAAGCUCAAGUUUGGCCUCUGGAUCGAACCGGAGAUGGUCAACCCUGCGUCCGAGCUGUACGAAGCCCACCCAGACUGGGUCCUCCAUGCGGCCAAUCGACCACGUACCUUGCGCCGCAAGCAGCUCGUGCUAGACCUCAGCAAAGUGCAAGUCCAGGAUCACAUUAUAAGCACCGUGGAAGCGGUACUUUCGUCAGGCGACAUUUCGUACGUCAAGUGGGAUAACAACAGAGCCAUGCACGAGCUGCCAUCGCCUGCAACCGCAUACCGAUACAUCCUCGGCCUUUACCGUGUUCUCGACGUCUUGACCAACAAGUUUCCCGACGUCCUCUUUGAAGGGUGUGCGUCUGGAGGCGGCCGCUUCGACCCAGGUAUGUUCCACUACUGGCCCCAGAACUGGGUGUCCGACGACACGGACGGCCUCGAGCGUCUCUUAUCGCAAUGGGGGUGUACAUUGGCGUAUCCGGCCUCCGCCAUGGGCUGCCAUGUAUCGUCGGGCGACCAUCAAGUCGGCAGAACGACACCGCUCGACUUUCGUGCCACCGUCGCCAUGAUGGGCGGCAGCUUUGGGUUCGAGUUCGAUCUCGCACUGCUCAACGAAGACGACCGUGCGUACAUCCCAGCCAUGAUUGCGCUGGCCGAAGAGGUCAACCCUUAUGUCGUCGGCGGCGACCAGUUCCGCCUGGCAGACCCAGCGAGCAACUAUCCAGCCGUGUUCUACCUCGCACGCGACCGAUCAAAGGGCGUCCUCCUCGCCUUCCAGAUCCAUGCACGCAUCCGCAUUGACAUCCCGCCCAUCCGGUUUGUCGGUAUCGACGCUGCCGCUUUGUACGAUGUAGGCGGAAAAGUGCACGCAGGCACAGAGUUGCUCAACUUUGGUCUGUGCUUGCAAUGGAAGGUGGCAGACUACCAGAGCCAGGUGGUGUGGGUCACCAGGGUGACCUAA